AUGGCUCCCGUUUACAAGAUUGCCGUUGUUCAACUCUAUGUCAAGCCUUUCCGCCCUGCAGAGAAUUUCGCAAAGGCCACCAAAUUCAUUCGAGAUGCGGCAGCACAAGGGUGCCACCUCGUCGUAUUGCCAGAGUUCCACCUGACGAACUGGAUCCCGGACGAUCCUCGGUUUGCGCCUCUGUGCGCGGAAUGGGAAACAUAUUUGCAGAGAUAUCAGACGCUGGCAAAAGAAUGCAAUAUCUGUAUUGUACCGGGAUCUAUCGUGCGACCCACCUCCGACGCAUCAUCCCAUCAAUCGGAAAUGCCGAAACUCGAGAAUGCAACCUACUUCAUAUCAAACACGGGGGAAAUCCUAGGAUCCUAUACGAAGAAAAACCUCUGGGGCCCAACGGAAAGAAAACAUCUGCGUCCCUCGGGUGAUGCUCCGCAUCAAGUCAUUCAGACCCCCAUAGGACCGGUAGGAUUGCUGAUUUGCUGGGAUCUGGCGUUCCCUGAAGCAUGGCGCGAGCUCGUAUACCAAGGCGCCAAAAUAAUCAUCCUGCCAACCUUGUGGACACGAAGCGGUGCUUCCGAUGCGGGCCAUCGCUGGAAUCCUUCGGCCGAGUCUCUGUUUCUCGAUAGUGUCAUGACGGCACGGGCGUUCGAAAAUACCUGCGCCGUAGUAUUCGCAAAUGCCGGAGGACCACCGGGACGCAAUUACUGCGGACAUUCGCAGAUUACAAUUCCCUACGCAGGGCCACUGGUUCACCUGGGGACCUCCGUCGAAGGUAUGGCUGUAGCAGAUCUUGACAUGCAAGUGCUGGAGGAUGCCGAGGCCAAUUACUCCUUGCGGGCGAACUUGGCCCAGGAGGAUUGGCAUUAUAAACAUACGCGUCGAGUUGGGCAUGCACUCUCGAGGGGGAAACUGUGA